GUCACCGAGCAUCCAAAAUGGUAGACCCGGAUCCCAACAUGUGGAGAAACCCACCUAACCCCAAAGUCUCGACCCCAAAACCAGCUGCAAAAUCGACCACCAAAGGCAUUAACCCAGGACAUCAAAACUUCGACCUCAGCGAUGAGCAAUUCACAAGCGACGGAGUCAAGGACUGGCCCACCAACAAGACCCACGUUCCGGACGAAGAGUUUUUGAAGCUGCUCACCACUGCAUACAAUGCACGCAAAGACCUUGUUGACCAAUGGAGCGAACCUCCAAAGGGCUACGCUCUGUUCAGAAAAUCUGAUCUGUCUGUUCAUGGACAUCCCAGCGGCAGAUAUUUCAGAUCUGUCAAGCUUUUCGUCGAUCAUGUGCACAGUAUCAUGACGGAGACGCUCCCCAGCUGUCGCUGCGCCGUAUGCCUCCCUACU